AUGCCUAGCUUAGGGGGCCAGGGUGAGGAAGAGCAUGGGGAGAAGGGCAAUGAGGACAACUCAGGGGAGAGCGAGGUGAUCAACCCGCCAGAAGAGGCUGGCGGGGAGGCCACCUCGCCUAUGGAAGGUAGGAAGCCUCGCCUUUACAAGGGGAAUCAAAGCCAUGGACCUAAGGCUAUCAAAUCUAAGAGCCCAAGGAGUGGAGAUGAAGGUCAGACAAGGAGAAAAGCUCCCAAUUUUUCUCUUCCUAAGGCACCCAUUGUCCAGGUGUCCCAUGGUGACGUUAGUGUUGCCAGUAAUAAAGCUGGCAAUAAUGAAUCUCGCUCAUCUCCCAUGGAUGCAACAUUGCUGGAUGACUCCAAGGAGAAAAGGAAAACUCAAAAGCCAUCAGCACAGCUCUCUUCCAUCAAAAGAGAUGAAGAACAGUCAAAUGGUGAGAGGGCAAAACCUCGAAAAGUUGGCAGCACUCCAUCAUACGGUUUCACCUUCAAGUGCGAUGAGAGAUCUGAAAAAAGAAGAGAGUUCUAUUCGAAGCUUGAGGAGAAGAUUCAUGCAAGAGAGUUAGAAAUAAGCAAUUUGCAAGCGAAAUCAAAGGAAACUGAAGAAGCAGAACUCAAAAUGCUGAGAAAGAGUUUGAAUUUCAAGGCAACACCAAUGCCAAGCUUGUAUAAGGAACCAACUCCUGCCAAGGUUGAAUUGAAAAAGAUCCCCCCAACUAAAGCUAAAUCACCAAAGCUUGGUCGUUCUAAAAACAAGUCCACACCAGAGACUGAAGAAGAUGCUACUACGGACCAACCUGCCCGCCUGAGCUUCGAGGAAAAGGUUUCUCAAAAUGGUGUGAAAAAAUCAACCCCGUUGAAUUCAGCAAAGAAGCCCCAGAGGGAGUCACUCCCCAGUCUGCCAUCUGAAGAAACUGGUCCGCUUGAUGCCACCUCAAGGCAGCGAAAGAACACCAAACUCAAUGCAGUUAAUGCUCAGGAGACAGGAUCAGCUACAGGACAGGUACAAGGAAGUGAGACGAAAACAGAUUCUGUUCAGGGGCCAAUUGAAGCUGGAGCUAAUCCUAAUGAACAAGACGUCAGCGAACAGAGUGCUGUUUAG